GGAGAGGUAUGGAAACCCAUUCAUUAUUCAGCGUGCUUUUCGAGAGAGACUCAUGAGAUGGCCCAAGGUGGGAGUAAACGAUCCAUUUUCCUUGAGAGAGUUCAGUGAUUUCUUGCAAGGUUGUGUUGAAGCUAUUCCACAAGUCAAAGGUUUGUCCAUCUUGAAUGAUUGUGAGGAAAAUUACAAGUUGCUUAAGAAGUUACCAGAAUGGAUUGUCCGUAAAUGGAACAGAAUUGUUGUUGAAGAGUUGGAUAUGACAGGAGACUAUCCAAGUUUUAAGCAAUUUGCUGAAUUCUUGAAGAAGGAAUCAAAGAUAGCUUGCAACCCUUUCACUUCUCCACUGCUAGCCAGUUCAAAGGUUCCAGAUGAAAAGUAUCUGAAAAGAGCAAAAGCUUUCAAUAUUAAGGCUCAAGUAAAAGAUUCAAGACCAGAAUUCAAGGUAACAUCACCAUGUUCGGUGUGUAAGAGUGAAAUGCAUAGUAUCGUCAAAUGUCCUAUCUUUGCAGAGAAGCCUAUGGAUGAUAAAAGAUCUUUCAUUCGUGAAAAUCACAUGUGUUUUGGAUGCUUGAGAAGAGGGCAUAUUUUUAGGCACUGUAGGAGACGGCAUAUUUGUGGAACAUGUGGACUGCGUCAUCCAACUUGUCUACAUGAAGAUAAAAGCAAAUAUUCAGAGGUAUCCCAAGCAGAUAUUACAGCAGAAGCAUAUACAAGUCAAGAAGGCCAAAGGGCAAUGUCUUAUGCAGUAACACAACAUGUCUCUGCUACUUCUAGUAUUGUUCCAGUGUUUAUCUCCACAGUAGAAGAGCCACAAAAUGAGAUCCUUACCUAUGCCUUACUCGAUACACAAAGUGACACAAGCUUUAUUUUGAAGGAUUUUAUUGAUGAGCUGCAAGUGAGCAGUCAAGCGGUGAAGCUGAAACUCAGUACUAUGACAACUACAGACACGAUUACUUCAAGUAACAAGGUUAGUGGUCUGCGAAUCCGAGGACUUCAAGGUGGGAAAUGUAUCCAAAUACCUCAAGUGUAUACGUGUGAUUUCAUUCCUGUGGAUAAAGCUCACAUUCCAACGAAGAAAACUGCAUUAUGCUGGUCUCAUCUUAAGCACAUAGCCAAUGAAAUGCCACCACUUCAGAGUUGUGAUAUAGGACUAUUGAUUGGAUAUGACUGCCCUUCAGCGUUGGCUCCCCUAGAGGUCAUAAUUGGUAAGGAAAAUGAGCCUUUUGCACAGAAAACUGCUCUGGGCUGGAGCAUUAUCGGUCUUUGUAAUCCCCACUUGGACAGACAAGGAAGUCAAAGUUUUGUUCAUCGAGUGUCUGUGAAAGAAAUGAGAGUUCCAACAGCUAAUGAUGUCUUGAAAGUUUUGGAGUGUGACUUUAAUGAGAAAAGUUAUGAAGACAAAUAUGUGUCACAGGAAGAUGUCCGCUUUAUUCGUUAUCUCAGUGAUAACAUCAAGCAUAAAGAAGAUGGACAUUUUCAGUUACCUCUUCCUUUCAAGAGCAGCAAUCCACCUUCACUCCCUAACAACAAGAGGCUGGCUUUAUUACGUCUGCAGCAUUUAGGUAAGAAGUUAAGGUCAAAUCAACAGUACCAUGAGAAUUACAAGAUUUUUAUGGAAGAAAUGCUCAACAAGGGAGAUGCAGAGAUUGCUCCAGUAAUACCUGAUAAAGAAACAGCUUGGUAUAUACCACAUCAUGGAGUUUACCACCCUCACAAGCCAGACAAGUUAAGAGUAGUAUUUGAUUGCUCAUCAAAAUUCUGUGGCAUAUCUCUUAACGAUACUCUUCUUACUGGUCCAGAUUUGAUUAAUUCUCUGGUGGGAGUACUUUGUAGAUUCAGGAAGGAAGCCGUUGCUGUGACAUGUGACAUCGAAAAGAUGUUUCAUCAAUUUCAUGUCCCCCCUGAAGAGAGAGAUUAUUUAAGAUUCCUAUGGUGGAAGAAUGGGGAUUUGAAAGAAGAGCCCAUUGAAUAUAGAAUGACUGUGCAUCUUUUUGGUGCAGCUUCAUCUCCUGGGUGUGCGAACUUUGGCCUGAAGUAUCUCGCAGAGAAGUACAAAUCUGAGUAUUCUGAAGCCUCUUCAUUUGUGAAUAAUAACUUUUAUGUGGAUGAUGGCUUAAUUUCAGUUCCAUCUAUACAGGAAGCUAAAGAUUUGAUUGCAGAAGCUAAAACCCUGUGCAAGCUUGGAGGGUUACGUCUCCAUAAGUUUAACUCAAAUGAGAAAGAAGUCUUGCGCUGUGUGGAUUCGUCAGAGUGGGCGGUUUCUUCUAAGCCACUAAAUUUGACUCCUGAAUCGUCUGGGCAUGUUCUUGGCAUACAGUGGUCUACAAAGGAUGACACAUUCAGUUUCAACACUCAACUUAAAGAUCAGCCUGCAACACGUCGAGGUAUCUUGUCAAUUGUAUCUUCCUUAUACGAUCCCAUUGGAUUUGUUGCUCCUUUCCUUUUGAAGGGAAAGUGCAUUUUGCAGGAGCUCUGUCAGAGAAAUAUGGAAUGGGACGAUUCUCUCCCUGAUGACUUAAUUCCACGGUGGGAGGAGUGGAAAAAUAGUCUCCAGGACUUGAAAGAUUUUACUGUUCCAAGAUGUUACUAUCCUUCGUCCUUUAGUAAGAUUGUGUUGACAGAGUUGCAUCAUUUCUCAGAUGCAAGCAACCUUGGUUAUGGUGCAUGUUCCUACUUAAGAGUCAAGAGUGACAAAAAUGAAGUGCAUUGUUGCCUAGUAAUGGCCAAGGCUCGAGUGGCACCUAUAAAAAUCAAGAGUAUUCCAAGACUGGAAUUGGCUGCUGCGGUGGUUUCUGCUAGACUGAGUGUUUUGCUAAAAGCUGAACUGCAAAUGAUGAUCGAUCAAGAGUUCUUUUGGUCCGAUUCCCAAGUUGUUCUUGCAUAUCUCAACAAUGAAGCAAGAAGGUUUCACGUGUUUGUCGCUAAUCGUGUUCAAUUGAUCAAGGAAAUUACAAAUACAAGCCAGUGGUAUCAUGUCAACACAUCUCAAAAUCCUGCUGACCAUGCCUCUAGAGGUUUACUCAUUUCAGAGUUGAGAUCUACUAACUGGAUGACUGGACCUACAUUUUUAUGGGACCAAGAAGUGUGUCCAGCUCCAAACACUUCAACUAAAUUACUAGUAGGAGAUCCUGAAGUCAAACUUGUACAGGUACGGCUGACUAAAAGUAGUGAUACUGCUAACUUCCUUGAUCGAUUUGGCCACUUCUCUUCCCUGAGAACUCUAAUCAAUGUUGUUGCUCGAAUAAAAAGGCUAGCAUUAAGGAAGAAAUGUCUUAAGGAUAUUGUCACCGUUGAAGAACGCAAGUGUGCAUUACAGGCUGUGAUUAAGCUUAUUCAAGAACGAGCCUUCUCCCAAGAAAUCCAAACAAUCCAAGGAGGUAAGGCUCUUCAGAAGUCCAGUUCACUUUUCCACCUGGAUCCCAUCUUGAAAAAUGGUCUUCGUGUUGGAGGAAGGUUGAAAGGAUCAUCUCUUAGCGAAGAGGUUAAACAUCCAUUAAUUUUGCCCAAAGAGAGCCACAUUACCAACCUUAUUCUAAAACACUAUCACAGCAAAAUUUGCCAUCAAGGAAGGUCCCAAACGCUUAUGGAACUCAGGACACAUGGAUUUUGGAUUAUUGGUGGCAGUAAGUCGGUUGCUAAGUUAAUCUACAAUUGCGUUCAAUGUCGGAAACUCAGGCGACCAGUGGAGGAACAACAAAUGGCAGAACUUCCAAAAGAACGUACUGAAGCCUCUUCCCCGUUCUGCUACACGGGUAUGGAUUGUUUUGGUCCAUUUAUUAUAAAAAAGGGACGAAAGGAGUACAAAAGGUACGGCCUUCUUUUCACUUGCCUUUCAUCACGAGCAGUCCACAUUGAAAUGCUUGAAGACCUAUCAACAGACAUGUUCAUUAAUGCUUUGAGAUGUUUCAUAAGUCUGCGAGGAGCUGUUCGUCAACUUUAUUGCGACUGUGGUACAAACUUUGUAGGAGCUAGAAAUGAAUUCAAACAGGCUCUUAAGGAAUGCGAUGUCAAAACACUGGAGAGAUAUCUUGCGGAAAAUCAGUGUGAGUUUAUCUUUAAUGCUGCCUCAGCUAGUCACUCAGGAGGUGUCUGGGAACGCCAAAUUAGGAUUGUG